CAUGAGUAGGAAACAGGGUAAGUGCCCAUGUUUACACAAGAUCAGCUCAUUUUGAUGCUGGAACUGUUUACAACACGACCAAGAAAGUUGUUAUUAUAGCAGCAAUAUUCAAGUACUACUGUUCACCACAAGUUAUAUAUUUUCCUAAGAAUAAUUCCAAUGAAGAGAAGUGGUGCAAGAGAUGAGGCAUCAAUUGCCAAGACAAAGAGUGACCUCCCUUGCAAGAAGAAAAGAGAUGAUUGCAAGCCCAGUGGAGAGGAAGCGGCAACACAGUCUCGGGACACAAUCAUCUCCAGAGAUAGCAACUGUUUGGAAUUUCUGACUUUGAAGGGGCACCAGGAUGUAGCUGAUAUCUUACUAGGAGAGGGGGUGACUAGUAACUUACUGGACAGGGUAACUGAGGGUCAGCUGAAAGAUCUUGGAAUCAGUUCAUUGGGAAAGCGUCUUGAAGUCAUUCAACUUAUACAGGAAAAUACACGGAGAUUGUACACGUACAAGAUUGUAAAUGACCCAAUCCAUGGUCAUAUUGAAAUCCACCCCCUUUGCGUAAAAAUCAUAGAUACUCCCCAGUUCCAAAGACUUCGGUGCCUCAAACAGCUUGGAGGGACUUAUUUUGUGUAUCCUGGGGCAGCUCACAACAGAUUCGAGCACUCGUUAGGAGUUUGUUAUCUGGCAGGAAAACUGGCAUCUACCCUGAGAAACCAGCAGCCUGAACUAGAGAUCACGAACACGGAUAUCUUAUGUGUUCAGAUCGCUGGACUGUGUCAUGAUCUUGGGCAUGGACCAUUUUCUCACAUGUUUGAUGGGAAGUUCCUGCCGGUGGCCAGACCUGAUAAGAAAAUCAAGCAUGAAGCUCUGUCUCUGUUGAUGUUUGAUCACUUGGUGGAGAGCAACAAUUUGUGUCCUGAAUUUGAGAAGUAUGGCCUGAAGGAGGAGGACAGAAUAUUUAUCAAGGAGCAGAUUAAAAGACCUGAAAAACUGAAGUCAGGGAAAUGGUCCUACCAGGGAAGAAGUAAGGAAAAGAGUUUUCUGUAUGAGAUUGUUUCCAACAACACAAAUGGGAUUGAUGUAGAUAAAUGGGAUUACUUUGCUCGGGACUGUCACAUGUUGGGGAUCAAAAACAACUUUGAUCAUGCUCGAUAUAUGAAGUAUGCUCGAGUUUUGAAGGUCGAAGACGACAAACUUCAAAUAUGUUCCAGAGACAAGGAGGUAUUGAAUUUGUAUGACAUGUUUCAUACAAGAAAAACUUUACACAGUCGAGCAUACCAACACAAUGUGGGGAAUAUCAUAGAGACAAUGAUAACAGAAGCAUUGUUGAAGGCUGAUGAAGUCUUUAGAAUUCCUGGAAAAAAUGGGGAGUUGCUGAAGAUCUCGCAGACUGUGGAUGACAUGGAGGCGUAUCAGAAACUGACGGAUGACAUCUUCCAGCAGAUUCUGUGGUCGACAGAUCCCAAUCUAGAGGAGUCCCGGAAAAUCCUAAUGAAUAUUCAGAGGAGAGAGCUGUACAAAUGUUUAGGAGAGACCCACCCACCUCAAGGGAAAACUAUCAAUAAUAAGAAACAAGAAGACCAAAUAAAAGAUGAACUAAUGAACAUUUUGAAAGAGAAAAAGAGUGAUAUCAAAAGAGAAGAAAUAAUACUUUAUGUGGUUUACUUGGACUAUGGAAUGAAAGACCAGAAUCCGAUUGAUCAUGUUCGCUUUUACAACAAGAGGGAUCCUACAAAAGCAAAGAAACUCAGAAAGGAUGAGGUAUCGGAUUUGCUCCCUGAGAAGUUUGCAGAACAGCUGAUCAGGUUCUAUUGCAAAAGACGAGAUGAUCAGAGUAUUCAUCAAGCCAUGGAGGCAUUUAAAGAGUGGAGUCGUCAAAACCAGUGUUCUGUGGGAGAGAAUAGCCUGAUGCCAGAUAUGACCCCGGUUAGAUCUGAUGACUCAUCACACGUUGCUGCAGGCAACGUAACUCCCACUUCUAUUAGGACAGUGGCCAAUCAGAACACACCAGAGUCAGCCGGUAAAUUCAAGGCUCGCCUCGCGUUCGACUGAGGUUAAUGUCGUCUCACCCUCUCGUGUUAAGACUAAUGCCGGACCACCAGAUAUCACCUGUUUUAACGUCAAGAUCUAAUUCAGUCUAAAAAUGUUGUGUUUUACACGUUCUGUUUUAAAAUGCUUAUUUUACUGAAUUAAUCUCAUAUACCUAUGAUUAUGAAGAACCUUGUAUCUGUCUGUCCUUCCGUUUGUAAACUCUCAACCUUGCAUGAUCCAAGAGCAAGGAACAUCUAAACUCAGUAAUUUACAAUUAAAACUACAAUGAAUUUAUUACAGGGUAAUACAUGUAGUUUGCUUUACCUGAUUACCACUAUGGUUUGCUUUACUUGAUUACCACUAUGGUUUGCUUUACCUGAUUACCACUAUGGUAUGCUUUACCUGAUUACCACUAUGGUAUGCUUUACCUGAUUACCACUAUGGUUUGCUUUACCUGAUUACCACUAUGGUAUGCUUUACCUGAUUACCACUGUGGUAUGCAAUUCAGCUUGUUGGUUGGAUUUAUUCAUUUAGGAUCCUAAAGUCAUGGUGCAAUACACUAUUCAAGGUAUGUGUCACAUACCAUAGUGAUACUCUUCAUUAGAUGUAAGAAUAAAUUAACUGACACCAGUAACAAAUAAUUUAAUGCAAUCCAUUAGUGUCCAAGAAUUUCUGUUGUUAUGUAUAGAUUUAAAGUUAUACAAAGUAGAAUUGUAAGAAACACAUUGCUGAGGGAUGUCCAGAAUGAACUGUUAUAGUGCUCACCUUUGGAUUGUAUCGGUCUACCAUCUUUAUAUGGGAGCACUGAUGAUUUAUAUCCCAGCUGAUAUCAUGUUGUUUACUGUAGAUCCCUGAUUUUACACGAGUACAAAAUGACUCAUAGACGUCAAAUUGCAAGAACAUGAAUUUGCAAGUGGUCUGUUGAUCCUAACUUUUUACGUGUAUUUUAGCAAUACAAUAAUAAGAGCAGGUAAUUUUAUUUUGUGAGUGAUGCUUCUUGCGAAAUUACGCAAUGAUAAAUUCCUCACGUAUAUUUAGGAAUCUAUAUUAAUUUUUCAGCUGCAAGUUAAAUGUUGUGGUUAUCUUUUAUGUAAGAAGGUAUUUUUACUCAUAGUUGUGAUACUGGAUCGACUUUGUAGAUGAUCACUUGUUUUUAAAGCCAAUUUUGUCUUGUUCCAACUACAUGUUAAACUUUUCAGCAGCUGGGAAGUUUGCCUAUUUUUAAUGUUAAUGAAAUCCGGUGUUUACAGUGGCUGGGAAUUUUGCCCUUUCUUUUUUCUUGGUAUUUAUGAAAUCCAGUGCACUUCACACACACAAAAAAAAAGGAAAUCCAUUUUUAUCACAUUUUUAUGGGAAGAUCCAAUUUUAUUUUCCAGUAUUGUUUUGGUCAUUGGUAAACAUAUCUACAUGCAUAUAUGUUAUAUCUACAUCUACAAGUACCUACCCUCUCAACUUCAGUUUUAUUAAUUUUGUAAUUUUAUUCCAUACUGAGUGGAAGGGUUACAGACAUUUUUUUUAUCAUUAUUUUAUUCCAAAUGCAUGGACUGUUCAUCUUUAUGACAACAGCAGAAAUGCAGUUUAAUUAUUUUACCCAGUGAUUGAUGGAAUUGAUUGUGAUUAAGCAUAUUGUACCAAUGCAUUCCAGUGCUAUACUAACAAACCAAUGAGGGAGGCCUUUAAAAGGACUGGUUCACGGUUUUUGAUGAAGAAAUUUUUUUUUCAGUUUCAAUAUGAAACUUUGAAAAUAUAACUCCUUUAAAGUUGUUUAUGCUUACAAACUAAUGAAAUGUUACUUUUGUAAUUUAAAGCAUCCUAAUUUUAACUUUUAAAUGGCACAUUUUACCUAAAGAAUACUUGAAAUUUGAUAUACUUCAUAAACUUAGAUCGAUAACCAUACAUUUUCAAAACUUUGUAAACAAAAUAUUCCUCAAUAUUUGUUUACAUGUAACAAAGAAAAUCUCUCUAUAUUAAUGAGCUUGUCAUAAUGUAUAUAACCUUAAUUUUUAUGCAACCUUUUAAAUGCACCAGACAGUAGUAGAUUUUGAUCAUUUAAAAUGAAAAACAAACUUUGGGAGGUGGGGGGGGGGGUUGUGAAUCAGUCCCUUUAAUUAAAUCAGACAUUGUAGUUACUAUUCACAGUCAUUAUUACAGACAAAAAUUUAGAAACUGAACUGAUAUUCAUCAUUUAUAUUUCGUCCAUAUGUAUCAACAAAUACUCCAAUGCGUCAGAGGUACAAUGGUAAACUCUUUGGCCUCCACCAUUAUCAAGAAGCAGGGCAGUAGGGCUGGUCAGCGAACUUCAUUUUGUUGUUUUAUGCACUAUCCAUAUCCUUUGUAAUGAGGGUUUUAUACAAUCAGUCUGGUCAUUGUUUGGGUAUUAGUCACAUAUACAUACAUUAAUGAUUUAGAUCCGCGAGGAUGUUAGAUAUAUUAUUUUAUUUUCUCCAUCCACAAUUGGUAGAUUGUCUCUUUAUAAGUGCCAACCUUUUCUUUCAUUUAUUGUGUGUAUUCCAGCUUUUAUUUAUUUGUAUUCUUUGUUUAUUCUAUUUUACAAGUGUAGUGAUCUUCUACUUAAUAUACUGUAGUAAUAUAUAGAGUAGACAAUUUAAGUCAUUCACAUUAUUGAUGUAGACAUGUGGUUACAUACUGACAAAUGCCUCCAUUCAGAAUGCUUUAUUUAUGUCAGGGUCAGGACACAGACCUUCACUUUCCAGUACCGGUGUUUUGUCAGUGAUACUCAGCCUAUCCUGUUACAUUGUAUCUAUUUCUCAAUGAAAGAACUCGCCCGUAAAUAUGACAUAAAAACAUAUGCAUUGUAUACUUAUAAAACAAGACAGGUUGAAUGAUAUAAGAAAUAAAACAUUUAGGUUGUACAUGCCACUUUUUAUUAUUACAUUAAAACACACCAUAAAUGUGGAAAUUAAAAUGAAUGAUACCAACCACAAUAAAUUGGUUAUCCUUGAUAGCAUAAAUCUCUCUUUACUUUCUCCCAAAGUCCUCGUAACCACUGAUUAUACAAUUCAAUAUGUAUACAAUUGAAAUGUGCUAUAUAUCAAGCAUCAGCUUAUUAUCUUAAAGUGUGUCUAGAUUUUAAUGAUAUCAUCAUCUCAUAUCAUGUAUAUGUAUUAUGUUUAUACUGUUACAUAUAUACAUAGAUUGCUGCAAUUACAAGAUUUCCAGUAAAUCAUAUUAUAUGCCAAAUAAAUUUAGGUUGUCUGUAUUACGAGGGUGUGAAGAAGAAUGGAGAAAAUUCUGCUUAAUCAGCUUUAUAGAGUUGCCACCCUGGGAAAACAAUUUUUUGGUUGGUGUUGGCAAUUUUAAACUGAUUAUGCAGGAUUUUCCAUAUGCUUUCAUCUUCAUAUACAACAUAAUACAAACUAACAUAGACAUUUGUUCUUUAAUGAUAAACUGUGGAUUUGGGACCACUGUACACCUGUUAGUGUUGUAGGCCAUUAAGUUAGAUUUCCUGUGAAAUUCAUUUAUUGUUAUAUGAUACAUGUCAGAUUUGUAUUAUGAUACAUGUCAGAUUUGUAUUGUGAUACAUGUCAGAUUUGUAUUGUGAUACAUGUCAGAUUUGUAUUAUGUACAUGUCAGAUUUGUAUUAUGUACAUGUCAGAUUUGUAUUAUAAGAUACAUGCCAAAUUUGUAUUAUAAGAUACAUGCCAAAUUUGUGUUAUGAUGUUUCAGAUUUUUGUUAUAAUUCCAUACACUUGUCAUAUUUGUGUUACAUACAUUACAAAACGUGUCAAAUUUGUGUACAAUACAAUGGGAUUUAGAAUUGUGUUUAAAUACAUGUCAGACAAGUUUGCCAGUCUAUAUUUUGGUGCUUAAUAGGAGCUAAUGAAAUGAAAAUGUAUAUUAUUAGUGUUCAUAGUGUUCAAUAAUGCAAUUAAUACACAUAGUUGUAUGUCAUAUUUUAUCUAUUUCUUUUUAAGUCACCUGAGUCACUCACGUGAACUAUUGCUAUCGGUCUGUGGCCAUCGUUGUGCAUUGUCUAUUAACAAGUGAACAUUUUUAACUUCUCAAAUUCUUUUCAAAUUUGGUUUAUGAAGCAUUUUUGGGACAGGGGGCAUAAAUUGUAAAUUUCAGGACUCCUGUGCCAUCAGUAUAUUAGAGGCAGGACAAAUAUCCAAAAAUUUACCAAUUUUCAAAAAUCUUCUUUACAACCAUACAUUGGCAAGAAAAACUAAAUUCAUAGCCAUGUAGAGCAGGAAGGCCUCUACCAAAAUUGUAAAUUUCAUGAUUGCCAGGGUAAGUUAAGGGUUUUGACUCAAAGGUGGGACCAAAUUUGGUAUAUAAUGUUAAUGUAUAAAACAUUUAGAAAUAACAUCUUCAUCUUUUGAAAUAACAUCUUUAUUGCUAUUGAUACUAAAUUGAAAUGAAAUAAAAUUAAAAUCCGAUAUUUAGAAGGACCAGGUCUAGGUAGUCUUAGUUUAACAAAAUUGUAAAUGUCAUAUCUCAUGGGUAUGAAUUUUUGUUCCAGGGUGGAACCAAAUCAACAUGGUUAUUAUUGUCUUUGUCAUUUGAAAGACUUCUUUAAUUUUGCUGAUACUGUAUAAAAACUAAAUGCAUUAAUUUAGGAAAAGCAGAUAGGGGUGUACCAAAUUGUGAAUUUUGCAACCUGACUCUAGGGCAGGUCCAAAAUAGUCAUAUAGUGUUAAUAUAACAUAUAUUAAAAUACUAUGUAAAGUCCUUCAUCAGUAUGGGCACUUGGGGGCAUUUAUAUUUUAAGAGCAAAUCUUGUUUUAUACUGCUGGAGAAUAUUAGAAUUUAGAUUACAUAUGCAGAACAGGAAAAUUAUUAUAGAUUUCGUAGCCUGCGGGGUAAGUGAUACUUUUAACUCGGGUGACUGAUAAGGCCUGUGGGCCUCUUGUUUAUUUUUACACUGUGUCGUGUUUUCCCUUGUCAUUCUAAUCUCAGUGUAUUUAAUGUCUGAACAUUAUUCUUUUUAAUGAAUUGUCAUAAAAUUUAUAUAGUGCACUAAAUUGGUGAUAGUUAUGGUUAUAAUUAUAAAUUAUCAAUGAGUUUAUGUCCAUUUUCCUCUGCUCCCUUUGUUGAAUAUGUUGCAUGUAAUCUCUUGUGACACUAUCCCAUUUAUCUACAUACAUGUAUGAUUUCAUUGCAUGCUGACAUAUAUAAUCUCAGUAGUUAAUAAAUGAUUAGAUAAU